CUCGACGCAGCCACACAUACAUCAUGGCCUCCUUUACACAACUCGCUUCCAAAGCCGACUUCGACUCGAUCGUGAGGCCCGCCACGGGCAAAUCCGUCGUCGUAGCCUACUGGCCCGAAGACUCGACAUCCAACGCCGUCGUCGUCGCGCUCAGGAAGCAACUCCCGGCAUCUUGCUUUAAGCAAUAUGGAAUUGUAGACAUCUAUUGCUUUGACGCGUAUUCCCUCCCAGACCUAGGCACCGAGCUGGACGUGAGCUUCGUGCCCACCCUCAUGUGGUUCAUAGAUGGCGUCAUGGAUGCCAUAGUCUGGCACGAAGGAGUCAGAAUCCAGGGAGAGAGCGUGGAAAAGGGUGUGAGCAGGGUGGUAGAGAGGAUCAAGGGCGCGGAAAUUGGUGAGAGUGACGAUGAUAGCGAUUGGUGAUGAGGUGGAAACGUGGGUGGGGCAGCUGCAUAAGAGAAAUUUGACGAGGAACCGAGCUGCUCCUCUUGGACGACGGGAUUAGCAUCCUUCGAAACUCAUAACCGGACUACCACAUCAAGCCUUUACGCCUAGACAUUUGUGAAGGCGAGCGUUCGGCUUGUAGUAGCCGCCAAAGAUUGCUAGCGAGGCCCUCUUCGACGUCGCCUUCUCUAUGCGCCCUUCCAGAUACGGAAAAACCUGGAUAACAUCGAGAUGGCAUAUAACAAUAUCUAGAAAGUUGCAUGAUAAGACUUCCGGUCUUCUUAGGUCGCGGUUUCCAAGCUGUCCUCAUAUCACAACAUGGACAGCCGCUGGCAGUGUAGCUUCCC